AUGGAGGACACACGCUCUGACGAUACUCCCUCCAAAUACGUCGUGCCGCAGCUGAGACAGUAUCCCGCCAGAAAGCAUCACGUCAGUCCAGCAGCAGAACUCCCGCUCGAUUCCGCCAACGAGGCAUCUCGCAACUUCGGAACCGGUACCGCCACAACCGACAGCCUGGAGUCAGCCUCGUCCCCUGCAGCCGAUCCGGACGAGGAAAUGGCUCACACCACGAAAGACACCGCGACACUCGUCACCUCGGCCCAAGCACCGGCAAUGAAGACGAUUUUCUCCCAUGCAGACCACCCGCAACAACAUCCAGUCAUCGCAUUCAAGAAGCUCUUGCCGACCAGUCUCAAAGCAGUCGACCCGGACUUUUACCUCGUCCUCUUCCAAGAGCAGCUCGCGGUGCAGACCAAGGAGAUGACACUGGCGGCCAGGCGAACCGGCAACCCGCCUCACCACCUCGUCGCACCGCUUGCCUACAUCCGAGCUUUGGCUCACACCGUCGAUCGAAUCAAACAGCCGCGACAAGACAAUGUGUUGGUCACGCGAGCGCGGAAAUGCGAACAGAUCCAAAGCCUGCUUGACUCGCUCGGAGACGAAAUCGAGGGGGCGUCGAACGACAACUCAGAUUACCAAGACGACGGCCUUCAGUAUCUCAUCACCCGCUAUGACUCUGAUCUCCGAGGGCAACUCGAGGCGUUGAAGCCGCAGCCGGCUAGGAGUCGCGUCAGUUUUGGUACCGUCGUGAUCUUGGUCGUUGUCCUGGCGUUGUUGACCUUCUCUAGGCCGUUCCUUCGAGUAUUAGGGUCAUGGGUUCUCAACGGCCUUGAUGCCGAAGCAAUUCUGCUUCUCGACACCUUUCCGAAAGGCCCAAGUGACAAAGAUGCCUUCGCGACAUAA